AUGCAUCGCUACAUCCCUCGACGAGACGGAACUCCCCUCUCUGAAAAGAUCCGCAUGAAGCAAGACCAUCAGCCACGGCCUACUACACCGCCUGCCUGCCGUCUCCUCCCCGCUCCCGUCUCCGUCGUUGGACCGUCGGUCUUGUCCCCAACUUCUUACAAGCGCCCCUCUCCGGCCUCGUCUACUCCCUGUAGACGAAUUAGAACAAAUUUCUUUGGGCCACGGCCGAAGGAAGAAGAGGAACACCAACGACACGAAGAGAGAUUGGCUGAAGCCUUGGAGAUCGAUAAGGCUGCCAAGAUCCUCGAUUUCAGGGUUCGGCCGGCCCGAGCACUGAGGACAGAGUAUACAACCCAGGCAAUCGCAUCUUCCACGGACUCAACCAAAUUACAACGCAGCCUGCCAGCGGCGCCGUACAAAGUCCUCCAAGCGCCGGGCCUCGAGGAUGACUACUACCGCUCGCCCUUGGCCUACUCUUCUACCUGCCGAUGCUUAGCUGUGGCUCUGGGAAACACCGUCUACCGAUGGUCGGAAUGGCAUGAUCCCCAGCCUGUCUACCGCACUCCUCACCAGCGACAUACGAGCCUGACAUCUCUGUCAUUUUCCUCAACCGAGGGAAACAAGGCCAUUCUGGCCUUUGCACGCAAGGACGGUUACUUUGGUCUUCUGUCGUUCAUUGACGAAAUGCUUCCGCGGUUUUGGUUUCACCACCCGUUUCCGAUCGAUGCUACAGUGCCAACAGAGGACCUUCUGGUUGGCGAUGGUCGAGGAAACAUCCUGCACUAUAUCGUUGAGUGGCCCAGCUUGUGGGAGGUAUCCCGUGACACUUGGUUUGGUAAAGUGACGCCCGUUGCCAAGAUUGCAGCGCAUACCUCGCAGAUUUGUGCACUAGUCUGGUCUCCCGAUGGUCAAGACUUUGUUUCCGGGAGCAACGACAACACGGCCUGCUACUUUGAGAUACAACGAUUGGACAAACAGCACAGGGACCACAACUCAUCCACGACUCAGACCCGUAAAAGCCGCCGGUCAAAAAGUGAUUGGAGCCUGCCGGGAAGAGAUAACAUGUACUCUCGACCAAAAGAGUAUGAAACGAGCGGCAAUGGAUCGAGCCCUGGCGUGGAGACCAUGUUCGACGUCACUCCGAUAAGUGCAACAAUCGAGGCUGGUGUUAUUGGAGGCAUCCCUAGAACGAUACAAGCGCCUACAGAGGACUUUCGAGUGUUCAAAAGAGGAAUGGAAACGCACUGUUGGCGACAUGAGGCUGCAAUAAAGGCAAUCGCAUUCUGCCCCUGGCAGAACGGGCUCGUUGCCACCGGCGGCGGCUUGGGUGACAAGUGCAUCCACUUCUUCCACACGAUGUCUAGCACACCACUGGCCACCAUCGAUGUCGGUGCGCAGGUCACCUCAUUGAUCUGGUCUACGACACGGCGGGAAAUAGCAGCUACGUUUGGCUACAGCCAUGGCUAUGCGCAAACCGAGCACCCCUAUCGUCUUAUUGUCUUCAGCUGGCCGUCUUGUCGGCAAGUCGGAGCUAUUGCUUGGGCGGGUGGCCCACGGGCCUUAUACGCCAUUCCGUACCCAGGAGGACCAUCAGAUGCACCCAAGGGAAGUCGUACGGCAAAAGAAGGAACUAUUGUCGUGGCAUCGAGCGACGAGACUCUCAAGUUUCAUGAAGUCUGGCAGGACAAGCCAAAAUCGACUACCGGAGGCGCCGUUGGGAUGUUGGGCGGUAGUGACAUUCUCGAGGCACUUGGUGGGAUCGAUAAGGAUGGAGACGUCAUUCGAUAA